UUCAUUCCAGAAAAUCAUUUCUCAAACUAUCUCUCAGCUCUAGCUACUAUUUCAUCAUCAGUUUCUUCAAUUAAUAAUGGCAAUUCAAAAUUCGAGCUCUUUUCAAAUCAAAGCCGUUAUCUCAUACCUACUCAUUCUAGCUCUCACAAUAACAUUUGCUACAGCAGCCCGAAUCCUUGACGAGGAAGUGGCCACCCCUACCGUAGCAUUGGAAAAUCCUGACCCUACCGAUCAAGCACCAGUUUCAGGGGCAACUACGGCUGGUGCAGCUGCCGGAGCUACAGCAGGUGCAACACCUGCAGCGGGUGCGGGUGGAGCUGGUGCUGGUGCAACUGUAGCCGGUGGAGUUGGUGGUGGUGGUGGUGCUGGUGCUUACGAUGAUCAUACAUUUUCCUUCUUCUUGCACGAUAUCCUAGGAGGAUCAAAUCCUUCAGCUAUAGCCGUUACCGGAAUUGUAACAAACCCCGCCGUGAGCGGUCAAGUCCCAUUCGCGAAACCAAACGGUGCCGUUUUAGCAGUUGAUAACGGCGUCCCAACUAACAACGCCAACAGCGGAAUCAUCAGCAACAACAACAUCCCUUUCCUUACUGGCCUUAGCGGAACAACAUCUAAUUUUAUUAAUCAAAACAACAACGGAAUAAUCGGAGGCGGUAACGGUUUGCCAGCGAUUAAUUUACAGCAAUUGGGAUCAGGAAUCAGUUUCCAGAAGUUGAUGUUCGGUACAUUGACUGUUUUCGACGAUGAAUUGACCGAAGGACACGAGCUGAAUUCGGGUUUAAUUGGUAAAGCUCAAGGAUUUUACGUUGCUAGUUCGGAAGACGGGUUGAGUCAAACGAUGGCGUUUACUGUGAUGUUUAAGAGUGGAAGUUAUGCUGAUAGUUUGAGUUUUUUUGGUGUUCAUAGAAUGGGAGUUUCGGAAUCACAUCUUGCGGUUAUGGCGGGCACGGGAAAGUAUGUUAAUGCUAAGGGAUUUGCUACUGUUAAGACUUUUCCUGCUACUAAUCAGCUUCAAGAGACAGAUGGAGUGGAGACUGUGUUGCAUAUUACUGUGUAUCUUGCUUAUUAGUGUGAUUUGUUUGUAAUUCUGGUGUGUUUCAAUUUGGAUGAAAAAAAAGUUGUAACUUUGUGUUCCUGAAAAUUUGUUGUAAUUAAGUUUAAGCUCCGAUUUGGAUUUG